AUGAACCCGCCGCACAUCCUCAUCGCUCGCAACUCGCGCGGUCCCAACAUAAUCAACCCAUCCGCGUCGCUCAGCUCGCCUACCGAGACGCAUGCCGCCGCCGCAGGCAUCUUUCGUUCCUCUGGUGACCCGCCGUACUAUCUUGAGGAAUGCGAGUCGGACGAAAUGGUCUCCGCGCUUAGCAUCGACGGUGACUACGAGGACCCCAUAGAAAUAGACGACACGUUCACGGAAGGCAGUCGCUUUCCCGGCACUGUGAAGAUCAUUGUCGAGGCCACGACCUUCUGGGCACACAAAGAGGUCCUCUACUUUGCGUCGUCCUUCUUCAAGGCCGCCCUCAGUGGCGACUGGGCGGAGACAGGCAGGCCGCGGUCCAUGUCCUCCGUCAUCACCAUCUCGCAGCCCCCCUCGGUACCUGGGUCCCGGUCGAAAAUCGAGGACUCCCCCGAGUUGACAUUUGCGCCGGUCGACCCGGACACAGAACCUGAAGACAUAGACCUCGAUCCUGUCCAAGAGCACAUUCACCUUGUAUUGACAUACUGUCGCGCCACCAGGCGUACCUGGUUCCUCGAGCGCGUCCUCAAACUCGGGCUCAUCCAGGUUGCGAAGGAGUACCAAUGUUGUUCGACGUGUCCGGACCCCACGGCAUGUGCGCGUCUCCUGGAGGAGAAAUGGAAACAGGCCUACCAUGCCGUGUUCCGCUUUGGCCCAUGUCAGCCAUCCAUGGUCUUCCGCUAUCUACGCACGCUCGAGGGCGUGAGUCCACCUCUCUCGCUCACACAUCUCAGCUGCCAGAACACGGCCAAGGCCUUCGUUGCCACGCUGUUUGAUCGGAUGUUCUCGCUCGGCAUACGCGGAAGCGGGACAGACCCCGCCCCUCUCGGACGGGUUGCUGCUGUCGCAGGCACCGCUCCCGGCCCACGGCGGCAUUUUUUGUUCUGCUCUCUGAAGAGCGAGAGUACCUCACGCGGCAAGCGAUCGCGAGACUUCUCCUGA